GGGACAUUUCCAACCGCGUCGCCAGACGCGUCCAGCCCCAUGCAGCUCGCGAUGGAGCUCUCCUCGUCCUUGACGGAUUUAUCUGCCCUAUCAUCGCCAGACUCAUUCAGAACGGCCUUUCAAUCACCGGAUGCCACCUCCGAAAAACCGACUAUCACAGGUCCCGCAUCUCCCAAACGCAUGUACUCAUCCGCGACCCUGCUCCCCCGUGAGCUGAAGGAGCAUUGCCAGAUCUACCUAGAAGAACACCUUUACAAUGGCGCACUCGGCCUGUACAACAGCCUCCUCACUGCCGGGUACUCGCGAAAGAUCAACACCAACCCGAUGCGCGUCCCUGUCCCUCCGUUAACCCACCUCGCUCUCCUCAACACCCUGACCAUCCACCCGAGCCAUACGACUCGAGCCCCUGGCGCCGACCGUCUCGAGGUCUGCUCACAGACACUGGACUACCUGCGCAACUUGCUCGCUAUCGUUGGUCCCAUCAACGCCGGCUUCAGGAAUGCGUUCCAGUUCCACGGGGUCCAGUACGGCCGCCGAAACCGAUACCAUGAUGAGGAGGACGAGGACCUCGACGGUGAUCAGAUCGGCAACAACAAGCUGGCCAAUGAGGACAGCAUAUGGCAGCGUGCGCAAGACUUUUGGGCUGUCCUCGGUUGGGCCUUCAACUGCAGCAGACUGCACCCCCACCGCUGGCGCUUCUGGAAAACGUGGCUGCAGUUCAUGAUCGACGUUCUCGAGACCGACAUCUACGAGCGAAAGCGCUUAGACGAGGAAUCCCUGGCCUCGUCGCAGCAACCUCAGGACUGGACGCACAUGCGAGAGUCGAUCCUUGUCAUGUACAUCAAGCAGAAGACUAACUCUGGGCGGGGUGCUCUGAGAAUGAUCCUCCAAGCCGUCUUCGCUGACGGUUGCACCUCAUCCUUGGCCAAGUUCCCCGAAGUGUUCAACAAGGAGACAAAGGGGUUACCAAGCGAGGAUAAGAAACGAAAACGCAUGACUACGCUUGAUAUCGAGAAUGACCAGUUUGGCGACUAUUUCAACGAAGAGCUGACGGAUGACGAACCUUCCGAGGCGGGCAUGCCGGGAACGCCUACCCCACGCACACCAGCUCGGAAAGCUGGCGAUGCGGUCGCUGCCCCACUUGCAGAUUCGAUCCCUCUCCGUUUGAGACUGAUGGAACUCCUGUCGGAGGUUGCCUACAAUAUGCCCGAGGAGUUCAUGGACCACAACGAAUAUGCACUGGACUUGUGCAGAUUACUCAAGCAGCAACCCCUGUCAUUCUUUCACCAGUUCGUCACCGACAUGAGCUCGUACAUACAGCGAUAUGGGGCUGCUUUCAAGAUCGAUUUCCUAGCUGUUCAGCUCGAUGAAUUGCUGCCCUCCGGAUAUGAAGACCCAAGGAAGGUCAUCAAGGGGGAGGAUAGCGGCAUCAUCAUCAACGCAGACGUCCUCGAGUUGUGCUAUCUGGGCCACCAUGCCAAUACCAUCGACCCGGAAGACAACGCCAGGGUGGCACUGAUCCUUGAGAGCCUGCUCCACACGCUGCCGGCGGAGGAGAUUCGGGAAGCCAGAAACAGGCUCCAAAAAGCCGCGCUUAAGGGAAUCGAAGCACGGAAGGCCAAGGCCAAGGGUACGAAUCGGAGGAGUGCGACGACCCCUAGUCGUCGGGGCCGAGGCAAAAAGGGACCUAGUCCGCGGGACAUUUACGCCAAGGAGAUGAUGGAUCUGGCGGGAGAGCGCAUGCUUCUCUAUAUUGAUAUCAUGGGCGCUCAUGAACCUCAAGGUGACGAAGACGAGGACGAGAAUAUGGACGACUAACAGUGUUCGUGCACGAUGGGAAAAGGUUAGGAUUGCAGUUUGAAGGAAGGUCCAGGCGUUAAGAGAAGUUAAGACUCAUGAUACCCAUACUCGAAAGUAUCGAGAUUCAAUACAUUACACCUUGUUCGUAUG